AUGGACAAGGAUACCGAUAAAGAUUCGACUGGUCAAGAUUCGACAGUCUGGAAAGGUCUCUUUGAGGGAAUGGUUCGCGAAAUUACUGGAGAAGAAGACUAUGAAUUUGGCGACUUGGCUGAAAAAUACGCAGACGCUGAUAAGACAUCCGAUUACAAGUACAAAUUUGGAGAUAUUACCAAGUCCAUCGUUGCCGAAUUGAGGCAAACUAGCAGCAAGGACGAGAAAGCGCAAGAGCUUCGGCAACGGCGGAAAAAAGCUUUCGAACAAUUCCAAAAUACCUUUCGCGAAAAAGAUCUGCCAAUUGACGUUGUCGAAACCAUGUUUUCCCGUCUGGACAAGGUGCAACGAGUCAAUUUGAUACGGGCCGUGUGUCAGUUGGGUGCCGAAGGAACAGUCCUUUGGGGUUUGUGUACGAAUCUCUGCACGCUGUUCACUGUCUCAAUCUCGUGGAUAUGGGCGUUGCAAUCCGCUACUCCCGGAAUGUCAUUGCUGCUGCCACCAGAUAAGGAGCUCUGGAGGACCUUUGUCUCUAAAUACACUGGACUGGAUCUCGUGUUGAGCCCGGUCUAUCUGAUUGCAAGGGCAGUCAUGACUCUUGUGGGAUUUCGUAGGUAUCAUGCCUUUGUCAAUCAACUCAGCCAAACAUCGUUUGUGACACAACACGCACUCAGCGAACGAAGGAUUUCAAUCAAGUCAAUACCCUUGCAAAAGUUCAUUGCAGCUCUCUUGGCAUUCUUCAUUACCAACAUUGUAUUGUCCGGCAUCACAGCAGCUACCGUGAUCGGCUCCAUUACAAUGGUAUUUAGAGUUUGUCAAAGGAUAUAA